UCAGCCUGACGGCAGCAGCCAAUCACGUCGCCUCUUUCUUUUAAAGCGUCAUCGCUCCUUCUUGUAAACACGUGUGCAGCAGCGGAGAAGCUAACGCGGCUAAAUCCUUCAUUUAUCUUUAUUUUCCAGAUCGUCCUUUUUAAAAUGGCAAAAAGUCUCCGGAGCAAAUGGAAGAGGAAGAUGCGUGCAGAGAAGAGGAAGAAAAACGCUCCCAAGGAGUUGGCCCGUCUGAAACAAGCUCUGAAUCUGGAUAAGAAAGGCGAAGCCGUCAUGACCGACGUGCAGGAGAUCGCCACUGUGGUGCCGGCGGACAAGAUCAAGAAGCAGACAGAUGUGAAUAUGGCAGAGACGGAGGGCGACGAUGGGAAGAUGGACAUGGACAGCAAGCGCAACAAGUCAACUCUGCUGGAUGAAAACGGUCAGUACCCCGCGUGGAUGAAUCAGCGGCAGGCCAAGAAACUGAAAGGCAAACGGAUGGCAAAGAAAAGCGGCCAGGGCAAGAAGAAGAAGAAGGGCAUCUCCUGGUGAACCAGAGGAGCGACGUUUGCUUUCACCUUAAAGACUUUUGCUGCAGAAACACGGGAUCGUUUCACACCUUCUUUUAUACACGAUAACUGUGGAAGCUCUGCUAAAGAAUCUCAUUCUGAUCAGUGGAUUAUGAGAGUCAUGGUUCAGCCACCAAGCCUCGUAUUGUGAAGUAAUUCACUGCAGGAAAAUGUUUGUUCUUAUGGAACAGCAGCUUCAAAACAAGUUUAAAGACGAUAAGACUUAGAAAAUAAGUUUGUCUUUAGCUUGCAGGUCAUUGUCAUAUUCUCUACUACAAUUUAAAUCUUCAUACUCAAAUAAAAAAGUACUGUUUACUGUAAGUUUCUGUCUUAUAUGGUUCAAAUCAUUAUUACUGGGGCACUUGGUUGUCUUGUCUCAUGAGAACAUUUGUUGCACGUCAUUCCACAUUUUCCUCCGCUUGUUUAAUGUAUCUUUAAAUUCAUUGGUGUGUUUUUUUCCGAUAUCGCUGCGUAUACGAUGACGUUGAAGAUGUUUGCAAAAUCAUAAAUAAAUGAACUGUGUUUUAAAUAACUCUCACUUGAUUAAAGAACAUUUCGAGGAGAGCAGAAUAUGACCACGAUAAGACAGUUCCAGUGACGGAUGAAACUGUAAUAAUGUGAGUUGACGCUGAUGUGAAAUGGAUAAUAAUAAAAAGUUAACUUACCAAAACACAAA